AUUUUUGCCGGAGAGAAUCGCCGAUCAUGGUCAUCCACCAGCUCAUCUUGGAUGCUGAUUCUGUAGAGUAAGGAGACAGCUGUGCCAAAGUGGCUUGUGCCUUACUUGAACAAGUCAUGGAACAUUCCAAAAUGCUGCCAGAAGAGGAGUUGUAUGCUCGCAUCCUAGGCUUGCAAUAAUUUCCUCAGCUGUUAAAAAAAAAUAAGCAUUUUAUAAAAAUUGAACAACUGCAACAACUGCAGGGUUGUUUUUUCCUCUAAACUCUGUGGGCAGUGAGUGUCAAAAGUUUCACUGUGGAAACAACAUCCUCGUUUUCUUUAUCUGAAGUAGAAGACAGCUUGGCUUUCAAAACCGCACAGUGAAGUGGUUUGCAACAGUUACCUGGCUCCUGGCCUCAGUCCAUCUGGAUCAAGUUGAGACCUGAAAAGAGAUCUUGAAUUGGUGGCAGUGAAAAGAUCCAAGAAUGCCAGUCAGGAAGAAAGAUACUGAUCGAGCCUUAUCAUUACUGGAAGAGUACUGCAGAAGACUAAGGAAACCAGAGGAGCAACAGUUGAAAAAUGCUGUUAAGAAGGUGAUGGGGAUAUUUAAGAGCAGCUUAUUUCAAGCUUUGUUAGAUAUUCAAGAAUUUUAUGAGGUCACAUUGCUAAAUUCUCAUAAAAGCUGUGAGCAGAAAAUAGAAGAAGCCAAUCAAAUAGUACAGAAAUGGGAGAAGACAUCUCUUCUUGUUCCAUGCCAGGACAAUCUCCCCCAAACUAUCGAGCUUACAGGUUGCAAUAAAAUGAAGGAAAAUGCUUCAUGUACUGAGCAAAACAAAGACAAUCAGCAUUUUGAAAAUAAAACAGAUGAAAAGAUCAGUCAAAACCAAGGCAAAUGUCCAGCCCAGAAUUGUUCAGUAGAAGCGCCUGCUUGGAUGCCUGUACACCACUGUACUUUCAUUAAUGCUGACUUUGAGUCAAUGCGUAAAGCACUAAACUUAGGUUCUGGGAUUUUUGUGGGGUACUCUCAGUCAAUCAGGCAGACGGUUGAAUAUGAGUGCCUUGAAGAUGUGAUACUAGUUGGACCUUGUGGUUUCCAGGAAUACUAG